GCAAACGAAUUAUAAAUUGCCCAAUCAGAUCGUGUUCUAACCCUUUCGUUCGGCUGCUGCCGUUUCUCCCUCUCUCUCUCUCUCUCUCUCUCUCUCUCUCACACACACACACACACACACACAAGCGAGCUCAGUAGCUGCUAUCUCCAUGAUCUGAGAUCCUCUGCCAUGGAAGAUACCUUAUCAGUUGCUACGUUAAUGGACUCUACGACCUCAAAGAUACAACAGCUCCAGAAAGCAUUUGCAGAACUUGAAAGUCACCGGGCCAUAACCCUUAACUUGAAAUGGAAAGAACUCGAAGAACAUCUUCAUGGGCUUGAGAAAUCCUUGAAGAGACGUUUUCAUGAGUUGGAAGACCAAGAAAAGGAGUAUGAGAACAAAACAAUUGAAGCCCAAAAAACUUUGGAGAAGCGAGUAGCUGCAGUUGUGGCCAAGGAACAAGCUUCACUGGAGAGGCUUCAAGAGAAGAGAGAUGCUGCUAUAGUUGACAUUGCCAAUGCUCGAAAGAAGCCUGCUAUUGUCCCUGAUGAGGCCCAAUGUGGGGCACGAAGCAUGGAAGAGAAACCAUCAGAUGCCAUGUCUGCCGAAAGUAACUUAGAGGAUAUCAAAGUUCCUUCUGAAAGUGAAGAUGUAGAGGUGAAGUCCUAUCCCCAGCUAAUAACAUUAUGUGAAGAGAUGGAUUCAAAAGGGCUCCAUACGUUUAUAUCAGACAACCGUAAGAAUCUUGCUGCCAUAAGGGAGGAAAUUCCACUAGCACUAAAGACUGCAGCUAACCCUGCACGUUUGGUUUUGGAUUCUUUGGAAGGGUUUUAUCGGAUGGAAAUGCCCAAUCUGGAUGGAAAGAAGGAUUCAAACUUAUUGGGUCUCCGCCGAACCUGUAUCAUGUUGAUGGAGUGUCUAAGUAUUUUGCUAACAAGCCAGGAUCUAGUCUCUAUUCCAGAAGUCAUUUCAGAAGAUGUCAAGAAGCAGGCAAAGACAAUUGCUGAAGAAUGGAAACCUAAAUUGGAUGCUCUUGACAUGGAUGCUAGCAAUGGGAACUCAUUAGAGGCUCAUGCAUUUCUGCAACUUCUGGCAACUUUUGGUAUUGCUUCUGAUUUCAAUGAGGAGGAAUUUUCUAGGCUAAUACCAAUGGUUUCUCGCCGUCGCCAAACAGCUGACCUGUGUCGUUCCCUUGGGUUAUCUGAGAAAAUGCCAGGUGUAAUUGAAGUCUUGGUAAAUAGUGGAAGGCAAAUUGAUGCUGUUAAUUUGGCUUUUGCAUUUGAACUUACUGAGCAGUUCUCUCCUGUGCCUUUACUGAAAUCCUACUUGAAGGAGGCAAGAAAAGCUUCUUCGCCUGUUAAAACUGGAAACUCAUCUCCCACGGCACAGAAUGAGGUUAGCGAACGAGAGCUGGCUGCACUUAAGGCUGUGAUCAAGUCCAUUGAAGAGCAUAAACUUGAGCAGCAGUUUCCUUUGGAUCCACUCCAAAAGCGCAUCAUCCUGCUAGAAAAGGCCAAGGCAGAUAAGAAACGGGCAACUGAAGCUGCAAAGCCUCAACCGAAAAGGCCUCGUGCUAAUGGUGUUGGAUAUGGGCCUCGGGUCACUAACGUUGUUACUGACAAGACUUACUACCCCCGAGUUGCUGAUCGGUAUCCUCAGUAUGUGUAUGAUAGGCCUUAUAUUUACCAGGGACCUGCUGACAACCACUGCCCCCAGCUUCUUGGUUCUGCUACUUACAGUCUGUCCCCCAGUCAUGGCAACUACUUUGGAAAUGGCUUCCAGUACCAAGCCCCGUAUCUCCACUAAGUUAGCAAAGAUGGCAACAGAAGGUGACCUAUGAUCCGUUCGUUUUAACUGUUAGUUUUAACCCUGGAGCUCUUUGUACGUUGUACUGUAUGAAUGAAUUAGUACUUUAUAAAAAAAAUGGCAAAAAAAGAAAAAAAAAAUGUCUCGUAAUUUCUAGUUGUUGUACAAGAAGAUAUUUCGGUUCUCUAAUAUAUGCACAACGUUUUAAUUUUGUAAAUAA